AUGGCGGCUGACAGCGCCCCGAUGUGGCGAGACCGAGGUGGCUCUCUACCUGAACGAUCUCUCACCGCUCGCACAUUCCCCUGGCGGGGCCGACCCAGAAAUACGCCACAAGAGCAAGGGGCGAAUAGCAGCUAUCAUCAGAGCUGGGAUACAUUCUGGGAGUCUGUGCCACGUAGCCGGGAUCCAUCUUAUGAUGCAUCCUGGAACAAUGUGUGGGCCGAAGAAGAUGCCUGGAGUAGCUGGGCCAGGGGCACCUAUAGCUCUGACAAUACGAACCCAUGGGAGGCCUGGAAUGAUGGUAGCUGGGAUCGUUUUCCGGUUGAGCCCCCUGACACGCGUCAAAAUGCCUACAUGGCCUCACGCUCACAUGAUGAUCCGACGCCAACUCCAACGCCGCACUCGCAAGAUCCAGGCCGCAUUGGGCCUUUCCCCCGGGCAGCUCGAGGCACGAAUCAUGGAAGCAUUGGACCGCGCCAUGACCACCAAGAUGUUCCACCACCCGCAGCCACGUCCGCGAGGUAUGUCUUCACCAACGAAAGCAGUCGUCAGGAUAUGAGCCAGAGUCAGAGCUCAUUGGAGACGCCGUGGCUGACUUCUUUCCAUGCGCUGACAGAGGAGCCGAGAGUCGUUCCGCCACGGGCGCCGGCACCUUCGAUUCCGCCGCCUCGUCAACCAUACUUCGAAAUGUCACAGGUGAGGUUUCAUCGCGCUGAUAGCUUCGGCAACGGACGUGAUCGAGAAAGUUUUUCACCUGGCCCUUCGCAUGGACCAGCUCCAAUUCCUCCUGGACUAGUCUUUCCCACAGGAGGUGUUGGACUCAGUGGCCUCGGCGGCAUCGGUGGCAUCGGUGGCCUUGGUGUCGGUGUGGCUGUUUGGGACAUUGGGAGCGUUACGUCCUUGAGUGCGAGCCGAUCUUUGGCACGAGGGGUGAUCGAUGCGCACACAGCGCUAUACACUUUCAAGCAGAAGGACGUCCGGGGAGAGGCCUGUGAUUCAGCUUCGAAAAAGUGCUGCAUCUGCCUGGAGGAUUUCGUUGAGGGGCAGCAGCUCCGUAUCUUGCCAUGUUUUCACAGGUACCAUCAGGGUUGCAUUGACGAGUGGCUUGGCCGGAGCGACGAGUGCCCGCUGUGCAAGUUUCGCAUCACAACGGAUGAUGCCCAUUUUAUCGACGCGGUGGAGGUCUCGUCCCAUGGCUCAGCCACUCCCAGGCUCGCCACCAUUGAGUCCGGAAGCGAAGAAACAGAUUCCGUACAGGAUGAAACAAGGGCUUGGUCGCAGGCAGUGGGGGUGAACAAUCAUGACAACUGGCCGUCCCUUCGAGAUGAACGGCAGGCCGCUAGCUCACUUUCGCUGACUUCUUCCGUGGAGCGGACUUGGGACCGUUUCGACGGCCUGAACACGCAAGUUUCCAACCUCACAGCCGCCUUUCCCUUGCAUGAACCACCGCGUGCUCACGAG